CGAGAGCACUCACGGUAAUACGUUAGCUUCCCCGCGCUCGACCGGUUUCAAUCGCCUAUAGUCGAACUAAUGCACAACGGCCGGAUGAAGAUGGCUAUUCCUGCUACCAACACCAGCACCUCGACCAUCCCUGCAAACACUUCGGGGACCUUUCUCGUCGGAUUCAUCUUUGACUUUGUGAAAGAGAGUCAAAGUGACUUAAUGGAGAGCGAAUUGAUGACGAGCAACAAUGCCGCAUCGCUAAACAUUGUCAGUCGCAUCGACAUUGAUGCUGAGCAGACACACGCGGAAUUGGCCCAUUUGCUAAUGCCAAUUUGGGCCUACCAGUUGGCCGCCGGUUAUUUGAUCUUCAUCAGCGUCCUCGGUCUCUUGAUGAACAUUGUCGUCGUCCUCGUCAUCGUCAACGAUCCGCAGAAAAUGACGCCACUGAAUUGGAUGUUGCUCAACUUGGCCUGCUCCGACGGAUUGAUUGCCGGAUUCGGGACGCCCAUCUCGGCAGCUGCUGCUCUGCAAUAUGAUUGGCCCUUUAGCGAUGAAUUGUGCGUCGCCUACGCCAUGAUCAUGUCCACUACGGGAAUCGGAUCGAUUACGACAUUGACGGCACUGGCCUUGUGGCGAUGUCAACUGGUCGUGUACUGCCCAGCAAACCGGAACGGGGCCUUCAGUGGCGUCGGCGGUGGCAGCGCCAAACUGGGCCGGGUUCAGGCCGCCGUUUUGCUGACUCUCAUCUGGUCCUAUGCGCUGGCCGUCACUUGUCCGCCGCUGUUCGGAUGGGGAAGCUACGACCGAGAAGCAUCCCACAUCAGCUGCUCAGUCAACUGGGAGUCCAAGAUGGCCAACAACCGAUCCUACAUCCUCUACAUGUUCGCCUUCGGAUUGUUCGUCCCGUUGGUCGUCAUCAUUUGCUCUUACGUCAGCAUCCUGCGCGUCGUCAAACAGAAAAAAGGAAACGAUGCGGCCGAGAAGCGGGUGACGGUGAUGGUGGCCUGUAUGGUCGGCGCCUUUCUGGCCGCCUGGACUCCUUAUUCCAUUCUGGCCCUCUUCGAGACUUUCAUCGGAGCAGACGACAGCAAUUUCUUUUAUUAUUACGUCGGGGCUAUUUCGCCGGCAUUCGCCACCAUUCCGUCGCUUUUCGCUAAAUCAUCCGCCGUCCUCAAUCCGCUCAUCUACGGACUUCUCAACACUCAGUUCCGGUCGGCUUGGGAGAAAUUUACGACGCGGCUCCUUGGCCGCCGCUGCUGUCUUUACCAACAUUCCUCUAAUAAGAAUAAAUUCAGUAGGAAUUUCCUGAAUUGCGCUGAUGGCGGUCGUGGAUCUCCUUCUCUCAAGCAAUCGAUAACUGUUCACCUGUCGAUGAAAGAAAUUGACUCUAGCGAGUCGCAAUCGGCUUACGUCAUGGCCAACACGAUUGGGGGCCAGCCGGGCAUCACUUUGCUUCUUCAUAAAGAAAACCAGGACGUCAUGGAAAUGCGAGCCCAGCAUCAUAUUAAUUCGCCGUCGCUGACGUCAUCCUCUUGUUCGAUGGCCGAUCCGGAGACGUCCGUGUCCAUCCGGAUGAAAUCCCUCAAGAGUCCCAUUCGCCAUCCCAAUCAAGAAGAGCAUCAACUGGAACAUCACAAAUUGGUGGUGGUCCGUUUGGUCUCGGACUCGACCAGUUGUUCCUGCAUCAACGACGACCAUCUCCUUCCGCAAUCGACGGAAGAGUCGGCGUUCUAAUAAUCCACAACAAGAAAAAAAUUGUUCCAAAGAAAUUCAAACGAGAAAUCAACGAAAACGAUUCAUCUAGAAACUCGUCGCAUAAUUGACGAUGCUGCCGACAAAUUGAAAGAGAAAGAAUUCGCAAAGGAUUGUCGCAGUACCUCUCUCGGCGAAAUCGCUCCGUUUGAUGUGUCAUCCAAUCGCGGAUGCAUUUUUCUCUCUUCAAGAGAAAAGAGGAAUCAAUUUCCCCUUACUUGGCAUCUAAUCUCUUUUUUUUUUUUAUUCUCUGCUGUUGUGCAACAAUUAUACACACACAUACUACUGCAUCAGCUUCUAGCGGCGGCGGCAGCCAGCAGAAAAAUCUAAUCCUCCUUCUCUUUGGGAUGUAAUUCCAUCGCCGGAAUAAAGAUUUGAUAACAUUUUAUUUAUUUUUUCUGAUGCGGGGAAAAGGGAUGUAGAAUAAAAGAAGCAGAGUGGGAAGUUUUGCAUCAUGGAUAUGGGAUGAUAUCAUUCAGCAGACAAACCCUCGGAUAAACCUAUAUAUAAGAUAUUAAAGUUAUAUGUAUUUCUCGUGUUGCACGCCGGCCGCUGUUUACUUGAAUACUUUUCUGAAAUGAAAUUGUGACAUUCUCUCAUCAGUCAGAGUUAUAUUAUUAUUAUCAUUAUAUUGUUAUUAUAUGUGUGUGUUUUUACACCUUCCUGUACUAUUCUGCAUUAUUUGCGCAGGUGCGCGGCUAUAUUGUCUGGCGGGAAUAUCGAUCCACACAGCGGGAGGACAGACUACACCGCAUCUCAUUAAUUUGAUUCGACUAUAUUAUACACUCAUGUCGGUGAUGUCAUAUCCCGGUGUGUUGCGUCGCGUGUAUUUCCCCCCAAGUUGAAUGGAAAUCAUUAUUACGAAGUAGAUGUGGUUACAUCGGUGGGUGGGGGGAGGGAAUUGAUAAAAACUUAUUCCAGAAAAUGAUUUCAACGUAUUACUUAUUAUGAUGUUCUCCAAUUUUUCUCAGAACUCUGCCAAGUCUGCCUAGUGCCCUAUAUGAAAUCAUUGAUGCGCACAUUGUGAUGAGCAACCAUUCACGCUCUGCCGACUGCUGGUAUCUUUCGUGAUUACGCCGCGUUGUAUGUAUAUUAUAGGCUGGAUACAAUAGAUAUUUAGCCUCCAUUUGAUCGAUUGCGUACACUCUGACCCCCCACUCCGCAUGUGUGCACACAAUUGCCAGAUAGACGUGUCCAACAUGUGUAUAUAAAAAUACCCGA